AGGUUAGGUCACUCGUACGCGAUAAUGAUCGCGUGAACACGAUCGGCACGCGACCAGCACGUCGACACGAGAAUACAUAUGGAGCAAAUAUGCAUGGAAUGCGUGGAAAUAAAAGCAGCAUGGGUUCGAGUCAACAAUUUUCUCUUAGGUGGAAUAACUAUUUAAAGCACAUUACCUGUGCGUUUGACACAUUAAGGACAGAAGAAGAUCUGGUCGAUGUAAAUUUCAGAGAUUUAUUUAAGGAAAAUCCAUGUCAGCAUCCAGUUAUAAUUUUCCGUAAUGUAAAAUUUGAUGAUUUGGCAGCAUUAGUUGAUUUUAUGUACCAAGGAGAGGUAAACGUAGUUCAGGAACAAUUAGCCAGUUUUCUAACAACAGCUGAAUUGUUAGCGGUUCAAGGUCUUACAGAUGGUAGUGGGAAGGAUAACGACAGCUUAGUGGAGGAUGACAUGGACAUUCCUAACGAACCAGAAAUUCAACUUCAAAAUACGUCUAGCAAAACAACGGAUAAUAAAAGAAUGAAGUCACCAUUGUCUCCUAUGCCUUACCAUGCAGUUGAUCUGCAACCAGACGCCCCGCCCAGCAAAAGACGAAAAUGUCGAGAAAACGCGAACGCAAACGCGGAGAAGGCUGCGAGUAAUGCUGUAUCCGCUAAAGACUCUGAAAGUAAAACGUCGGAAAGUCAGACAACGACCGGCUCGGAUCCUGUUGAAAUAAUCCCCCUUAUGCCGAAUUUGAAACUGGAAAUGCCUGAAUAUUUAGUACAAGACGGAAGUAGCUGUAGUUACGAGGAUCAGAGUCUCGGAGACGGUUCGUUAAAUAAGAUCGGUAUAGAAGAUACAUCGUCCAAUACACCCGACCACGACCAGAAGCCAGACAUCAGUCAGACGUUUUAUUCAAGUAGUCAGUCUACUUCGGACACUUUGGAUCUUAAACAUCAAUCUGCGGAUGUCGGACACCUACUAUCGAAACCCAGUACAUCCGGGGAAAGGUUAACGCAAGAAGCAGUGCAGGAUUCACGUACGGUGGUCAUCGAACAGCCGUCGCAUUCGUGCAAACUCUGCGGUAAAACGUUUUGGAAUCGGGACUCGAUGUACAAACACAUGAACAUGCACAAAGGGACCACGCAGUGUCCGGUGUGUCAUAAAGUGCUGAGCCGCACCACCCACAUGAAGAGACAUUUAAAGAACCGUCACGGUUGGCUCGGGGUCGGAUCGACAGCCGCCGCCGCCGCAGCCGCAGUAGCGAACGCCGCAGCAGCAGCCGCCGCCGCCGCCGCAGUAGCAUCAGCCACCUCGACUGGCGGUACAACCGCAGCCAGCGCAGCAGCCGCCACGACAGCCGCAACCGCGACUACUGGGAAAGUCGCGAAAACCGGUGGUGUUCCGGUAGUCACCGGUGUGACGGGCGGCGCUUCCGUCGCGGCUGACGCCGCGGCCGCGACACCGUCCCCCCCGACCCCAAUAUCCGUCUCCUCGACGGCGAUCGCGCGUCAGAACGCCGGAAGUCCCAGCGACGCCCUCGAGCCGAACGCCACCUACACCACUAUACGCAUCAGGGAGAGUAGCGUCGAGCGAAUCACAUCUAGUCCUAUUCCUUAGUGCGAAUCACCGUCAUCUCCCUAUGCCUUCUCUCCUGGAGCCAGCAGCGACAC